AGAAGGUCAUAGAAAUCACAUUCAAGAUGGCGGCCCCCUUGUGUCAGUGUUAUCAGGUGAGUUCUUGGGAAGUAAUUUUCAAGAAUUAAUUUCAAUCGACAAAGUAAUGGAAAACCUUAAAGGUAUGUUUGAACCAACCAUUCUCCCCUAGAUUUAACUGCAGUGAUAUUUUUCUUAGUUUAUCACCAACAAAGCGCAUGCUAGCUAAGUUAGCCCUGUUCAUGAAUAUAUUCAGCCGGUGUUUGGACUCAGAGCUACAAAGAGCAGUCAAUGUAAGUUAAGAGUAAGCGUCGUCUUACUAAUGAUUGUAAAAGCGUUUGUAACUUGCGGAGUUAUAUUUUCAGUAAAUGUAUUUUCUAAAUUAAAACCUAGUUUGUAAGAGAGUAGCACUUUACGCUUUGGUGUCGAGCUUUCAUACAGAAACUUAACCCACUUGGCGUGACUGCCAAACGUAAUUUUGUCUGUCUUUGCUCGUCAUAACAUCCAGAUAUGUGUAAGAAGAGGCUUUUCGACGUUCCCUUCAUCAUACAUAUUCCCCCACAACAGACCAAAUGUCUACAGGAUACGUGGACUCCUCACGUGCACCACACAGGUACCAGAUGUUUUCAGUAUCUUUGAUUACUGACCUACCUCUAUCUAAAGGCUUACUCUAAAGAUAUGUCAAACAAACUCACCAAAAGUCAAUAAUAACAUUAUAUCAUUAACAUUGAUUAAGUGUUUUAGCAUUCAUCUCUUCUAGUUUUAAUGACAGGAUUGUAUUUUAUUGAGCUAUUUUGGUGCUCUUAUUUUAAUAUCUUUUUCUGUUGUUUUUAUUUCAUCUUAUUUAUUAUUUCUUAAAUAUCAUUCUAUGCUACUUUGUUUUCAGAUCUUGACCCAAACCUCCAGUGUUUCCUUAUCUUGAGUUUUAAAAUGACCUUUCCUCAGUGUGCACACUUGUGUUUCCACAAAAUUAAGCUCUUUUAAGUUAAUGUAUUUUAAUACUGAUUCUGAUGCAUUUAAGACUGUGGGGUGGGAAUGAGGGGUUGGGCUGGGGUAGAUUUGGGUAUUCUGUGUGCUACAUGGCUAUGCAUGAAAAGUGCUAAAUAUAUUAAGACUGAUUGAUUGAUUGAUGAUCCUGAAUUGAAGCAUGAUUUAACUACUCCAGAAAUGCCUGUGAUUAAGUAUUUGUGUAUGUGUUUUCUUUUUUUUUUUUUCCUUUUCUACUUGAUUGUAUCCACAAGGUGCUUCACUUACCUGGUCCACAGGUGAGGUAUAUGUCAGCAGAUAGAGGUGGUGGCAGAAAAGGUUUCCUGGGGGAGUUUCUGGACAACCUGAAACAAGAGUUAAACAAGAACAAAGAAAUGAAAGAAAACAUCAAGAAGUUCCGGGAAGAGGCCAAAAAACUGGAGGAGUCAGAUGCAUUGCAACAAGCUCGAAGGAAAUAUGUAUGUACCUGUCCACACAUGCCUACAGCUUUUUUUUUCAUUUUGUUAUUAGAUAUUCCUAAUGUUGCACUCUCUCUCCCAGAAAACUAUAGAGUCUGAAACAGCAAAGACAUCUGAGGUUCUGAAGAAGAAAUUGGAAAACAUCUCUGAGACAGUCAAAGAGGUAAAUGUGACAGGUAUUUCAAUUAGCUGUGGCCUCUUUCCAAUGAUAGACAAUCUGUCAUGGAUGAUUCAUCCACAGUUACAAGUCCUAAAUCUGUGUGUGCGUGUAUUUGGACAGGGGCUGGGAGAAGUUGGCCGCACAGAAAUUGGGAAGAAAAUCAAGGAGGGAAUGGAGGAAGCAGCAAAAACAGCCAAGACUUCAGCAGAGAGUGUCACAAAGGGUGGAGAGAAGUUGGGAAAAACUGGUGCCUUCAGAGCGAUAUCACAAGUAUGGAGUCACUGUUCUCUUAAACUACCAAUUAAGGAGCAACACACAAUACUUAAACUAAGUAUUUAAUGACAUCUAACUGCAUUGCUAUUUUGUGCAAAGCUUGUUUUGCUAUGUUAAGGUAGAAUUACAGUCAUUUACCCUGAAAAAAAAUAUUUGCAGAUUAAAGAAAACGGAAAUGAUUUUCCUGAUCACCACUGUAUGUUUUUCCUCUUGCUGUUUCUUCAAAUAUCAGGGCAUGGAGAGUGUCAAGAAAGAAAUUGGUGAUCUUGGUCACACUGGACCUUAUCGACCUCCUGCCAAACUAAGGAAGAGGACUGAGUUCUCAUCCAAGGGGUCAGGGGAUGAGAGCAAAGUUUUUGAAGCUAAUGAGUAAGUGAGUUCCCUCUUCUAUAACCUGACACUGGUAGAGGACAACUUUCAGCUUCAGUUUUAGCCCGUAGACUGAGAGCUCUAUCUGGUUAGGCAAAAGAAGAACCCCUAACUAUACUUGGCAAAGUCAGCUUUGUGAUUGUUCUUGUGUUUUUUUAGGGAAGCUAUGGGUGUGGUGCUCCAUAAAGACUCAAAAUGGUACCAGCAGUGGAAAGACUUCAAGGACAAUAAUGCGGUCUUCAACCGUAAGAACCAACUUAAUGUUUUUUGUUUUUUUUUAUCUUUGGAGGUUUUCUUUUCUGUCAGCUCUCAUUUUGUGUCACACAACCUGAAAUGGCAUGCUGGGACAACAGUAUCUAUAUUGCAGGAACAGUAUGAGAGUAUAAUGGCCUGAUGUUGGCUGAACUGAGUUACGGUGCUGUUGCAGAAUAAUAUCAUGAAAGAGGCUAUGAAGUUUAAGUUUAACCAGAAUUGGUAUUGUAUUUGUCAAUUACAAAUGCAAUUAAGAAAGAUUGAUUUAUCUUAAUUUAGUGGUUCACAUCUGGGUGUGAUUUACAAGCUAAUGAGGCUCCAAUAUGAUGAGUUUACUCUGAAGUCCGGGUAAGCAGCAUACCAUAUGGAUAAGGGUAAGGAAGUGUAAAUGUUACUUGGAUGUUAUAAAGAGAAAAGUUACAUUAAUAAUUGUGCUUGGGCAGGUGCAGAAAAAUACUCAAGUUUUAAUGACAAAACAUCACUCAAUGUGUAGACUUGUCAAUUUACAUAUUUAAGAAUGCAGAAGCAACAUAUUUUACCUUUUGUGCUAGAUACAAGGGCUGGACUGUGAACAUGUGUGCUGCGAGAGGCUGUAUACGCAGCAGAUGUUUUUUAUUCAGAUGAUUCAUCAGAAUAAUUGCACUCCGGGGCUCUUACAGAAUUUGCUAAAUGGGACAUAAUUUCUGAUUUGCUGUCCCUGUGUAAUGUUCUGCACCAAAUUAAUCAAUCUGCCCACAGUCACAUAGGUGGUAUCAAUUGAUAGAUGUUUUGUUAAAUAGGGAGGGAGACUUCAGAUUUCAGAUACAGAGGAUCAUCAAUGAGUGUGUGUGUGUGUGUGUGUGUGUGUGUGUGUGUGUGUGUGUGUACUUUCUGUCUUACUCAUGUGUUUGUAUAAAGACGAUGAAAGCCGCAGGUCUCGAAGACAAACUUACAUUUUGCCUUUUUUAUGUUCCCUGCAGGGUUUUUUGAGAUGAAGAUGAAGUAUGAUGAAAGUGAUAACGCCCUCAUCAGAGCAUCUCGAGCUGUCACUGACAAGAUGACUGACCUUAUAGGUGAGAAACCUUUGGUUUGAUAAUCUGAAUUAAUCUCUCAGGGAGAAACUUUUAAGGUAAGAAGAGGACUCAAAGGUCAUUGUAAAUCAAACCCUUGAGCCAAAAAGAAAAGAGAAAAAAGUGAUCUGUGUUAAACAGAUUUAAUUUCUUGAAUUUACUAUUGAGAUCAUUUUUCACCCAAAGUAGAACAGGUCCUGAGCUUUCCUUUAACAGGACAAAUAUAUCUUGAAUUGUUAGAGUUCUACUAUUGAUUUGCAUUUUUCCCUGCACUGAUGUUGCUCCUCUGUGUGUCUGUAUGUGUCUAGGCGGGCUGUUUUCUAAGACGGAGAUGUCUGAAGUAUUAACAGAAAUCCUAAAAGUCGACCCAUCCUUUGACAAAGACUCUUUUCUGAAGCAGUGUGAACGAGAUAUCAUCCCAAAUAUACUAGAGGUACGUCAGCCUGCAAAUAACAUUGGCCACAGAGUUUGUGUAUUUGGCUCGGUUAGCUGUUACACAUUUGAGUAUAGCUGAAAUGGAUCACUUGAAGGGUGUUGAUGACAAUGAUAGAUUAAUAAAAUGUAAAUUUAAGUAGAUAUGAUUUUUUUUCCGUGCAAACACAGUAAAACAUAUAAAACUGUAUGUUUAAAAUAAAACAUAGGUAAACCUUCAGGAUUUUCCUUCCAGAUUUCUUCAGGGAGUCUUUCUUUGUUUUCUAGUUUGUUUUUCUCUGUUUGCAGGCGAUGAUCAGAGGGGAGCUGGAGAUUCUGAAAGACUGGUGUUAUGAAGCGGUAUGAAUUUUCUCACAUACUUGGUCUGAGCUUCAACUGCUGUUGUUACAUAUCCAUACUUUUUCUUUAAGAAAAAGCACCACAGAGCUUACUGGUGCAUAUAUUACCUUCAAGUGGGCAUAUCUACAUGAACUGUAUGGUGAUAACGUUAUCUUUGCUUUCCUCAUAAUGGGUGUGUAGACUUACAGCCAGCUGGCACACCCUAUUCAGCAAGCCAAGGCUAUGGGACUUCAAUUUCACUCUAAGAUCCUGGACAUCGACAAUAUUGAUGUAAGUGACUCCAGACUCCACAACUCAAGCUUACAGUUAAUGUCUGUUUUUACUGAGCAUGAGAAAUGCCUGAAAUCAAACAUGAUAUCACCUUAAAAUAAUAAUGAUAGUCAUCUUAGUGUCUUCUUAAACCUGGAAUAUAAAAAAACAACAUUUUUCAUAAGUAAAUGGCACAACUUUGGGUUAACAAAUACCAGCUGGUAUUAAAGAAAAUUGAAGCACAUUAAGAAUCCCUUUGUAUGACUUUGUAUUAACCAUGUUUUCCUACAUGAAACAAACUUUUACUGGACUUUGUAAUGACAGCAACACCUGCUUUGCUUUGAAGAGCUUUUUUUUAAUAUUUGUGGUAAUCUGUUGGGUCAAAAUCAGACUACAUCUUUAGUCUUUUUAACCGUUUUGAUUUUCAGCCAGCACGUUGGUCUUUCAGCCGUAACAACUUGAAUGCACUCACAUGCAUGUCGUCUUUUUCAGUUGGCAAUGGGGAAGAUGAUGGAUCAGGGUCCAGUGCUGAUAAUCACCUUUCAGGCUCAGUUAGUCAUGGUGAUCCGAAACACUAAAGGAGAGGUGGUGGAGGGAGAUCCUGUAAGUAAAACACUCACAUCCACAUCAGAUCAAAAACAGGAAGCAGUCUACACAAAUAAAAACAAAACACAAUAAAUUAUGCUGAUAAAAUAUUACAAGACACAAAAUAACUUGGGCAUGGAUUAUAUUUUUUUAUGCUCCACACUUAAACUAAAUCCAUAAUGGCUGUUUGUCAGCUGUGUUGUCUACUUAGAGCUAUUUCAGGACACCUGUAAUGGGUCAGGAGGUUGCUGUAUCCACUCAGUACUAAGCAGUUGGCAUCUUCCAAGCAUUCAGUUUAAAAGACUCCUGCAGGAGGAUUAAUGGCGGAUGUACUGUUCUCUCUUUUAUCGGCUAAAUCCAAAUGUCGAACAGACAGACUGCCAAUGGGGACCCUAGUAUUCUCACUCUUAAUCCUCUUUCAAACUUUCUUGGCUUUUAAGACAAAAGGGACAUCAGGAUUAUUGACUCUGCAAAGCUGACCUAAAUAUCAUGUGAGCAAUAAAACUGAGUGUCAGUGGGUGUCAUAGUCACCUCUUGACUCUCUAAAUGGUCUCAGAGAGAGUUGAUUAUAUAAAACCAGUACAGUAAGUGGGAAAAAAGUGCCAAAGCUCUUUUCAUUCACCUGUUGGCGUGUUUCUAGUGCAGCCAAUACUUUUCUAAAUGUUAAGGGUUGAUAAAAGGUAACAGAAUAUGAUACUGAUUCCUAAGGCAUAUAUUUAAUGAAACAACUACUGUGUCACUCAAAGAAUCUCUGCAUCAUAUCUGCAGAGUCAAGCGAGUUCAUGUUAACUUGGCAUUAUGGUGAAAAUACACUAGGAAGUGUCAUUAAAUGCCUAUGAUAGGUCACAUAGUGCCUCAUGGGUAAUGUUUUAGGUGCUGUUAUAAAUCUUCAAGAGAAAUUGUGGUAUAAAAAGUCAGAAAAGGGGAGCUGGCUGCUGGGAAGAAGUCUGGGUAUUCCCAGAAAGUCUCUGUAUACUCACAUGUAUUCCAUUUAAAAGUGGUGGUGCUUUUGCCUACUGUUGAAUUGCAUUAAACCCUACAUUAGUUUCAGUAUCUCUUAAACUUAAUUCAAAUUUGAUCUGAUUGAUUUAAUUCUGUCUGCCUCUAGUGUUUCACUGUGAUUUUAGAAUAAUUGGUUGUUAAGACAUGAACAUGUCCCCCUAGGAAAAAGUGCUGAGGAUGAUGUACGUGUGGGCUUUGUGUCGAGACCAAGAGGAGCUCAACCCAUAUGCUGCAUGGAGACUACUCGACAUCUCAGCUUCAAGCACAGAGCAGAUCCUCUAAGACUCUUUGAUAUGCACAGAAUAAACAUCAACUCAGGAGAGAACUUACUGUACCUGAAGAGAUCCUGGUUCUGGCUGAGUAGAAAGAGGGGGAGAGAGGAAGGAAGGAGGGAGGAGCUGAAAGGCUGACGGGAUGGGACGUGGGUCGACUCCAAAACAGAAGCAUGAAGGAGUAGUGAUAAAAGCUUGGAGCUUCACUCCUUUUUAUCUCCCACCCUGGCUUUAGGAUCAGUCACUGCAAUCUCUUUUUUAAAGGCUGAUAGUUGUUUCUCAGGCUCACACUGGGGGGCAGUAGAGUACCAACAACUCUCACCUAGUGCCCUAUCUGCAAGGUUUGUACUGACACUGAACUUCACAGUGAGCAGUAGCUGUUCUUGUCCUUUCAAUAAUAAAUUGAGGUAUUUAAUUAUCAGGAUAAGCUUUGAAACUUUUAAAAAAACUAAGAAAUUAUUUUCAAGUUCCACCUUGAACAUCAGGUGGGAGCCAGUCUCUCUCCCCCUCUGAGAUGUUGUGUCUUGUGGUGAUAGAUGGUUUUGUGGCCAAUCAGCGCUCUCCUAGAUACUUGUUUUUAUCACGAUUGUCCCAUGUAAUUGUUAAACUGUGAGAAAGUCUAUAUUUAUUAUGAAAAAUAAAGAUGAACCCAUUUUUCACUCAAGCCAACAUUUUUGAAAAUAAAUUUCUAUUAAAUAUUUUUCACCUUCCUGCAAAUGA